AUGGACCGCUUGGGUUUUGGAGGAGUCAUCUCUCAACAGCCCUUCCGGCCUCCGCUGCCUCCGGCAACUCCGGCAACGGUGCAGGCCGAAGGCGAGGCGCCGCCCCUGCCGUGCCGGGCGCCAGGGUCGCCCUCUGCGCCCUCCUGCGCAGCGCGAUUUUCUCGGCCUCCCUGGUCGGCGACGGCGGUGCCGUUGCUGGCGGUGCCAUUGCUGCCGUCGCUCGCUGUGUCGCUCCGGCGCCGAGCCAUUCGAGCCCAUCGACUGCAGCGACACGCGAUCUCCAAAUCGCAUAUUUCGCCUCUCGACUGCGCAGAGGUCCUAGAUUCCUCCUUUGUGGGAGUUGGCUCUCGCAGAGUUGGCUUAAUUGGACGGCAGGUGAAGCUGAGCAAAGCCUUACGUUGUGCCGGCGAUGAGUCGGAUGAUGGGGGCGGCGACAUGGAGUCAACCGAUAUGAGUUUCCUCCAGAAGCUGAUUCAGAAGCAAAGGGAAGCUACAGAGAUAGGCAUCUGCACUGAAGACUGGCAUCCUGAGCUAUUUGAUGAAGUGCCUGAAGGUUACAGGGAUGCUCUUGAGGCCGGAGUUGAUUUAGUAGAUGUGCUUGCCAACAGUAGCGCGCUGAAGCUCCUGGCAUCGACGCCUGCGAAGGGACAGCCUCGGUUUUCAAUUCGAGUGGCGCCCAAACCGACCUUGGGAUUGGGUUAUAUUGUCCACAGAAGCGUGGUUCAGCACUACGCGGUGCUCAGUCCGCUACAGCAGACAAUGAAGAGGCUCAGUGUGGGGGAAAUCGAGACGCUCACCAUACACAGCCUUGGUCAAGGACGAAUGCAUUUUCCUUUUUGGGUCUACGAUGCCGUUGUAGAGGCAUACCAGAAAGGGCUUUGCUCGCGGAUUGGGGUGAGCCAUCCAAAUGCGGACAUCAAAUCAGUUCUGCAGGCCCGCCAGGAGUUAGAGAGACGUGGUGCCUCGCUGUCAUGCGUCUUUGUCAAGCUGUCAUUGUUGCAGCGCGAGGCCACGCAGUUGGUCAAAGCGUGUCGCGACGAGGGCUUGCAGGUCUUCGCCACGGAGGUUCUCGGGCCCGAGGAGCUUGCGUCUGGACGAUACACCGCUGCCAACCCCACGGGCGGUGAGAUUUCCGUGCCUCGGUUUACUCUGGCGCAGCUCAUGCCGCUGCGGCCGCUUCACGAUGCUUUGGAAGAAGUCGCUCGCGGCCUGAGGUCGCGCUGCGAGAAACCAGAGAUCGACACCACACAGGUGGCGUUGCAGUGGGUCGUCAGCAAGGGUGCAAGUCCACUCUGCGAUGUCACCACCACGAACAAUGCCAAAGCUGUUGCUGGCUGCAAAGGGCCGGAUGGAUGGAAGCUGACACCCGAGGAAGAAGCACGGCUGGACGAAGCAGCAGAUGAAGUUGCAAAAACGCGCAGAAGGUGGUGA